CAACCACCUACGUAGACUGCGCAAGUGUCGAGUGGAGAAACUGACCAAGUACGAAGAAGCACCACCACACCAAGGGAUCUGGCAAUGUCAACACCCAACCGGGGUUUACAGUUCUGACGGCCAUUAUGGGUUACAGCCAAUGGGUGAUUUGGUCUUUCAUUCUGGCGUUUUUACACUCAAUCAACCAAGUCACGUGCGAUAGAUAUCUAGUGUUUCAUCCGUUCUAUUCCGGAAGUCACGUGUUAACCCUUCACUCGGUAACGGAAGCGCUCAUCAAUCGAGGCCAUGAGGUGACCACGCUGCGAUUCGCCGACUCGCACGACCUCAAACUAAGGCCCCUCGGACCCAAGCACAAAGAGAUCUACUUGUACCUGGACAACGCCAAUGGCAGCCUACCCUACGUGACCCAAUCCGAAGAGGGGCAGUUCGUGAUGCCCAUGCAACUGAUCUGGGACGACGGGUUGGGGUUGUCCACCAUCCUGAAGAUCUUACAUGAACCUUGGCAAUUGAUAGGUGGCUAUUGUCACCAGCUCUGUCAAAAUACUCAACUCGUUCGAGAAUUGCGAGAGGCCAAGUUCGAUCUAGUCAUCAUGGACCUCGUGUACAACGAGUGUGGCUUGGCACUCAUUUCGCACUUGAAAUUGCCCUAUGUGGGCUAUUGGGCGUUCUCUUUCGUCAAUGGGGAGGCGGAGCUCAGCAGCGUGGCCACACCGCCGUCUCACAUUCCCAUGUUCAUGACGCGGUACACCCAUGAAAUGAACUUUCUCCAACGAUCAGUCAACUUGGGCUACAAGAUCUUUGGUCGACUCUUCAUGUGGGGCCACACCCGCUUUUGCGACAGGAUUGCUCAACAAUACUUCCCCGAAAUCCCACCCACCAUGGACAUCUUGGCGGACAUGAGCGGUGCUUUACUAAACACGGAUAACAUUCUCGAUUAUCCCCGACUUCAACCGGAGACUUUCCUCAAUAUUGGUGGGAUGCAGAUCUCGAAAAGUCCCAAGCCCUUACCCCAGCACAUUCAAGAGUGGGUUGAUGGGGCCGAGCACGGCAUCGUGCUUUUCACGAUGGGAUUCAUCUUCAACCCAACGAUCGUUCCCAAGCAACAGCUCGAGGCUCUCUUGGCGGCCUUUGCCCGCCUGCCCCAACGAGUGAUCGUCAAAUUCGACUCGCCCAUCGCCAAUGCCCCGGACAACGUGCUCGUGCUCCCGUUUGUGCCGCAACAAGAUAUUCUGGCUCAUCCCAAGACCAGGGUGUUUUUCACGCACUGCGGGAUGCACGGCGUGAUGGAGGCCAUCUAUCACCGAGUGCCCAUGGUGGGCAUGCCCAUUUUCAUCGAUCAAGGCGAUGUUUUCACGCGAAUGGAAGAAAAAGGCAUCGCCAAAGGCUUGAGCAAAUCGGCCGACCAGCAUGAGAUUUACGAGGCCAUUGUGGAAGUCAGAGAUGGAUCCCGUUUCAAGGAGAAUAUCGAUCGAUUGUCAGACCUCAUGCGACUUCGACGUCAUCACCCCAUGGAAGAUGCCAUUUGGCUAUUGGAAUUCGUUUCAAAAACCAAAGGAGCGCAGCAUCUGAAGCUUAGCUCACGACAUUUGAACUUGAUCCAAUAUUUUUGUUUGGAUGUAUUGCUGCUAUGGAUCAGUCUCCUUGGCUUGUCGUGGAAGUUAAGUGCGCACUUCUGGCGACGUUAUAUUUUAGGAAAUUCAAAACGAAAAAAUAAAUCGAAACGCGAGUAGGAUCUCAACGCAACGAUGAUUCCUUCUCAUUAAAUAUUG